UCAAAGAUGGCGCUGCCCUUAGACCAGAGAGAGUACCUCAAGCGGUAUCUGUCUGCUGAACCAGAGGAUUUGAAGAAGAAAAAAAGACGGAAGAAAGUGAAAACUGCGGUUAAAGUGACACGCACCUUCACCAUUGUGGACGAUGAUGUAGACUUCAGAACACUGGCGCCAGCCUCGGAGAAGCAGGAUGAAAUCAGCAACCCUCUGAUCGCAGACGAGACUCCUGUCGUGGCUGACGUCGUCGAUGAGCGCCCCAGGGACCAGGUCAUUCUGGAGGAGUACCGCACCAGCCGCAAGUGGAAGACGAUGGGAGACGACGAUCUGGCCAGGAAGAGUAGAGAUGCCAAUAAGCGGGGCAGAUCCCGUCGUGAUACAUCUGACUUGGACUUAUCUCCGGAUAGGAGCUCAACCUCCAAGUCGAAGCCUGUGAGACGAGCUCACGAGGGAGGUGGUCUGGGUCAUUUGAAGGGGCAGUCCAGAAGCAAAGCUAGGCAGGAUGGAUCUGACUCUGAUCAGUCCCCGCCAAGACAAGGACGGAACAGAAAUGGUGACCAAAGGGGUGACAGACCUUCUGGCAAACCAGUAAAGCAUGAUUCUGAUUCUGAUUUGUCACCACCAAGGGGAGGACAUGACAGAAGGGGUGGCAGACCUUCUGGCAGACCAGUAAGGCAUGAUUCUGAUUCCGAUCUGUCACCACCAAGGGGAGGACAUAACAGAAGGGGGGACAGACCUUCUGGCAAACCAGUAAGGCAUGAUUCUGAUUCUGAUUUGUCACCAUCAAGGGGAGGACAUGACAGAAGGGGUGGCAGACCUUCUGGCAGACCAGUAAGGCAUGACUCUGAAUCCGAUCUGUCACCAACAAGGGGAGGACAUGACAGAAGUGGUGGCAGACCUUCUAGCCAACCAGCAAGGCACAAUUCUGAUUCCGAUCUGUCUCCACAAAGAGCAGGACAUGACAGAAGGGGUGACAGACCCCCUGGUAGACCAGCAAGACAUGAUUCUGAUUCCGAUUUGUCACCACCAAGGAAAAGACAGGAGAAAGGGGGUAAAAUAUCUUCUGGCAAACCAGCAAGACAUGAUUCAGACUCUGACUUGUCACCACCAAGGAAAGGACAGGACAGAAGGGGUGACACAAGGAGUGACAGAUCAUCUGCCAGACCCACCAGGCACAAUUCAGAUUCUGACCUGUCCCCACCAAGGAGACGACAGAGCAGAAAGGACGAUCGCACCACCCGACAUGAUUCGGAUUCAGACCUCUCCCCUCCCCGGCAGAGGCAAAGAUCGGACCGGAACUCUGACAUAUCCCCUGUGCGACGAGUUGCCCCAGGGAGGGGAAAGGAGUUACCUGGACCCAGGAUUUCAGUUGGGAGAGGAGAGCACAUGCGGCCUGAGAAAACAUUGACAGGAACAACUGCUGGUCUGUCGGAUGCCAAGUCCAUGAGACGGGAAAACGAAGAAUCCAGACGUAGGGACGCUGAAAUGUAUGCCAAGCUAGGUGAUGAUGUGUCCGGGAAAAGUGCAAAAACUGUUUUUCGAGACAAGUCUGGGAGAGUGAGAGACCUGGAAACAGAGAAGCGGCGGAAGCGCGAAGAGGAUGCCAAGAAGGCAGAGGAAGACCAGAAAUUUGUUGAAUGGGGGAAAGGGGUGGCACAAACUGCGCGACAGAGGGAGUUUAUCAAAGAUGCCUUGCACGAGAUGGACAAGCCGCUGGCCCGUUACCGUGACGACCAGGACCUAGACGACAUGCUGAAGGGAGUGGAACGGGAGGGGGACCCCAUGAUGGCAUUCCUGAAGAAGAAACAGACCAAGAAGCAGGCGGCCAUGGGGGUCAAAGCCAAGCCUAAAUACCAAGGACCCCCACCUCCGCCCAACCGCUUCAACAUCGCACCUGGCUACCGCUGGGACGGAGUGGACCGUUCCAAUGGCUUUGAGAAGAAAUUCUUUCUGCGUCAAGCUGAAAAGAGGGCCUCGAAGGAGAUGGCCUACAAGUGGAGCACUGAGGACAUGUAGCUUAAUGGCACAGCGCUGAACUACCAAGGGCACGGCCCAUGAAUUGAGCACUGAGGACAUGUAGCAUGAUGGCAUAGGACUACACCACCAAGGACAUGGCCUAGAGAUGAAGCUCUCAGGACUUGUAGCAUGAUUGCUAAGCACUGAACUAUCAAGGAAAUGGACUUUGAAUGGAGCACUGAGGACAUGUGACAGGAUGACAAAGACCUCUGUGCAGAAAUUUUUUUUGUAACUGAAGGCAAACUUUACUUUAACUCUUUAGGCCUUUCGAAUCUUCUGAAUUUCUGCAAAGCCUCAGUAUGUCACCAGCCGCAUUUCAGGUCGAAGUAACAGUUUUCAAGAUUGAC